AUGGCUGAGAAGACACACCAGGCUUAUCCUUUGGCUCCGGCAAAUGGUUACACAAGAAGCGAUGGGGAGUCUUUGUCCGAGGACGAGCUCAAGCGCAAGAAGAGAAUCAAGUGUUUUGCUUAUAUUGGUAUUUUCAUUGUGUUCCAGAUUGCAGUCAUGACUGUCUUUGGUCUCACUGUGAUGAAAGUCAAGACCCCCAAGGUUAGACUCGGCACAAGCACCCUCAGAGACUUCACCUCUUCCACUACAGCACCUUCGUUCAGCACAACCUUCAACACCCAAAUCAGGGUCAAGAACACCAACUGGGGUCCUUACAAGUUCGACCAAGGUAUCGUGACAUUCAUGUACCAGGGUACACCUGUGGGGACAGUCGUUGUACCCAAGGGCAAAGCUGGGAUGCGUGGCACCAAGAAGAUCAACGUGAUUGUGAGCUUGAACACUGCUGCAUUGCCCAGCAGUUCUACUCUCGGCAGCGAAUUGAGCGGUGGGGUGUUGACGCUGACCAGCGAAGCAAAAUUGACCGGAAAGGUGGAGUUGAUGUUGAUCAUGAAGAAGAAAAAGUCAGCUAGUAUGAACUGCACCAUACAAAUUGAUGUGUCCGGACAGACAGUCAAAAGCUUAGAAUGCAAGUGA